AUGACGCUCAGCAUCUCGAUUGACCCCCAAGAUCCGCACGGCUCGGAUUCUCUGUCGGACGAGGACGACUCGUCGCCGGUGCAUAUUGGCAGCCAUGACUUUGAUGAGGACUAUGAUGAGUGGGCGCAGCUGUCUUAUCCGGAUGAAUUGAAACCGUCUGAUUCAGCCUCGAGACCAAGGAUAUCGCACCGUAGUCGCUCGCUCCACGGUUCCCGCUCCGCUUCGGGCCGCCCAACCCCAGCACACCGGCGAAUGGUUCCUGAACGCGAGUCACGCGAGUCCUAUGGGACUCGCUCCCGCCGGCACCCGUCGCCUCCAGAAUCCCCCGACAGUGGCGAUUCAGAGGAGUACCCGAUUCCGAGCCAUUACACCCGCGCCCCUCCUGCCGAACGGAGGUGGCCACAGGCCCCGGCCGCACCGGGACAGGCGCCGCCCUACCAGCAGCACCCCAAUGGCGAGCUAGUUCGCCUCGGCCCUGCCAAUCCUGGGGCUCAACCGUACGGCCCGGGACACUACCCAUACGGCGCCCACGGCGCGCAGUUCCAAGCCCCACACGCAGCCGCCAUGCACCAGUUCUAUCCCCACGAUCAAGGGCACCCCCGUCACCCCUCUCGCCCACCACCGCAGUCACGAAUGGAUCCGCAUAAUCCCCAACCACACAUGCCACCCCACAUGGCCGGGCAUGUCUCACCCUCGCCAUACGGCGCAUCGCCGUUCCACCAAGAAUUGAUGCAUUAUGCGCCAAACCCAUUCCUCAACUAUCGAGACCCAUACUCUAUGAUUCCUGGCAUGGUACCGCCAGGCUUUUUCCCUUAUCCUCAGGUACCUUCCCCAUCUCAACUGCCGGAAGCAGCCAAGUCUCCAGCGCCCGCGCCUGCACCAACCCCGGCACCGGCACCAGCACCCGAACCAGCAUCCGCCCCAGCUCCCGCAGCUGAUGCAGCAAAGGAUGAAGCCAUUGCGCGACUGGAGAAGUUGAUUAUGGACGAACGUGCAGAGCGUGAGGCCAAGGAGGCGGCGCGUAUUGCUGCAAUUGAGCGUGAGAAGGCUGAGAAGGCGGCUCGAGAGCAGCAGCUCGCGCACGACCGGAAGAUCGCCGAGGAAGCGGCAUUCUUGGCUCGGACAGAUGCGGAGAAAAGGGCUGCCGAAGCAGCGGCGGCAGCGAAGGAUGAAGCAGAGAAACUUGCGGCCACUGCGGCGUCAGAGGCUGCAGCGGCCGCUACUAAAGCUGCUACCGAUGCCGCCGCGGCCGCGGCCGAGCAGGCAGCCAAGGAGGCAGCCAGUGCCGCAGCUGCAGCAGCCAACAAGCCUCCUCCGGAGAAAAAGAAGCCUAUCAAAUUCAAGGAUGCCGUGGGAAGGAAAUUCAGUUUCCCCUUCGAGUUGUGUGCUACAUGGCAGGGAAUGGAAGAUCUGAUCAAGCAGGCCUUCCUUCAUAUCGAAGUGAUUGGACCACAUGUUGCGGAAGGGCAUUAUGAUCUUGUAGGCCCCAACGGUGACAUCAUUCUCCCUCAAGUCUGGGAGACUGUCGUUGAACCGGAUUGGACCAUCACCAUGCACAUGUGGCCUAUUCCUGAAAAGCCCAAAGAUCCGGAACCCCCAGCUAAGGAGGAGGGCGCGGCUCCCCCUGCAAAGGCCGACCCGCCUUCCGCAGCAGCAGCUCCGGAGCCUAAAAAGAAACCUGAAGUUGUCAAGAAACCGGUACGGAAAGGCGACGCAGGUGGUUUUGCAAAGUGGAUGUUGGGUGGCCGCCCUCCUCCCAAGGGACCCAAGGCUGCAAAGGCCGCAGAGAAGAAACCCGAACCCGCUCCUGCUCCUCAGUGA